UAAAAAAGCACCCUAGACCGGAAAACUUUACACAAAAACCCCUAGUACACCAAGACCCCGACUCCGCCAUGACCGCCGAAGGUCUCCCCUCCCCGCGCGGCUCCGGCGACCCGCCACGCAGCCUUGCCGUUGCGUGAGGAGCUCCGCUCCUCCUCCUCCUCCGGAUCUCCCUCCCCGUUGUCCCGCCGAAUCUAUCUUGCCUCGUCCGCCUCCCCCCGCCAUCGCCAUCGUCAGGGGCCGGGCGGCGGCCUCGCGGGGCGCCGGGUGGCCGCGGUUUGGCGCCGCUGUUCAGGGCAGCAUUAAGCUCCUGGUGCUUCCGGGAGAGAGCCCGGUCGGUGCCGUGGUGCUAACGAACGGGGCGCUGCCUCGGGAGUCCCAGGCUCCCGGCGCGUCGUGGGGUUUCCCGCGGGCGGGAGGAGGAGACAGAUGGAACGGCAGCGUUUGGCAAAAUCAAGACGAGUUGGUUGGUUGGGUGGCACCGUGGCAGGCUGGCUGCCUCCAGCACUACUAGUACCUUUGGCCAAGCUGGCAAGCGGCCGCGCCGCACCAGCCCACUCCCCGCCCGCCCGCCCGCCCGCCCGCCCGCCGGCCGCAAUGCAGCAGCCGUUCGCGCGCCUCGUGCCCAUCGCCCGCCCCACGCUCCCGCCGAUCCACGCCGGAGCCGCCGGCCCGAGCUAUCCACCCGUCCACCGGGCCGCGGCGCUUCGCCGCGCGCCGCUCACCGCGGCCGGUCGGCGCGCGUACCGCCCCCUCGCCGUCUCCGCCCAAUCCGCUAGUCCCGCCGCCGGCUUGAGGCUAGACCGUGAUUUUUUCGAAGUGGAGAUGAAGGUGCGUGAUUAUGAACUUGACCAAUAUGGUGUUGUUAACAAUGCAGUCUAUGCUAGCUACUGCCAACAUGGUCGUCAUGAGCUGCUUGAGAGUGUAGGCAUCAGUGCAGAUGCAGUGGCACGCGGCGGCGAGUCACUGGCCCUCUCUGAGCUGCACCUCAAGUACUUCGCUCCUUUGAGGAGUGGUGACAAGUUUGUCGUUAAGGUGAGGCUUGCGAGCAUCAAAGGUAUACGGAUGAUAUUUGAGCACAUCAUUGAGAAGCUGCCUAAUCAUGAGCAAAUUCUGGAGGCAAAGGCAACAGCUGUUUGUUUGAACAAAGACUACCGUCCUUCCCGCAUACCUCCUGACUUGUCCAAGCUGCAGAUCUACUCAUCAAAGGACAGUGAAGGGUCAAGUGAGAAUGCAAACAAUCGCAAUAACAGUUGCAACUAAUUUUGGAGGCAAAGAUAAGGGCUGUUUGCCGAACAAUAGACUACCACCCUAUCUCGAGAACUGUUAUCCAAGCUGCAGCUUUAUUCAUCCAAGGGACAGCAGACCAGUGAUUGCGUUAAUAAUCAUAAUAACCGUUGCAGCUGAUUGUGGAGGCAAUGAUUUCAACAUUUUGUUUGAAAAAAAUACUACCGUCCUGCCCAUGUAUCUCCAGAACUAUAUCCAAGCUGCAGCUCUUCUCAUUCAAGGACAGCAGAUUAGCAGAGGCUCGUAGUAACAGUAGAGCUACAGUCCGUCUGCAUUGUGAUUUUGUAUGUGUGUAAUUGUUGGUCUGAUACAUUUGAUUUGCAAUGUAUAUUUUUAGCAAAGAAAGUUCGUUUAACACUG